AUGUCUUUACAAGCCAUUAACACCGACGCCAAGUUAUCAUCGAGCCACAGUCAACAGUGCUUUGAGAUGCCGUUAUCCUGAAUAUGAUGGGUCUAAAUGCAUUGUAGCAUCUGAUACUGCUAAUCAUAUAGCGAAGUCUCAAAGUGCUUCAAGAACCUCCAGAAGCCCAAAGAGAGGGGCUAAUGUAGAUGGGCCAUAUUCGUACAGACCUCAGUGUCGACCAAGAUCAUUGUCUGCGCGUAGUCGUCAAAAUUACAAUGAAAUUUCGCCUGUUAACUCAUUAUCCACAUGGGAUCUACGUGAACGGACAAUUCGAGAUGCACAAGAUCGCAGUGAUCGUUAUUGGCAUUUGUAUCGAUUUUGGCAAAAUGAAUAUGAUCGAUUACGUUUACAAAGAUGUUGA